UGGUGGCUUGAGGUGGGGAUCCGGGCUUCCGGUAGGAGCGGUUUCAGGGAAGCUUGGACUCCCAUGUAGGGGCGUGGGACAGCGGGCCCAGCAGCCCAACCUCCCCGGGCCCAUGGCGGGGGUAGGGGGUGGGGCAGGGGGCUCGGGCUGGACUUGGCGGCCAGUGGCGCGGGACCCGCUGCUGGCGCGGGCCUUCCAUUCAUGCACCGAACUGCGGGGACGGUUCUAUCUGGUGGGGGGUCUCCUAGCCGGGGGAGCAAGAGAGCCGAGCAGUGAUACGGUGGUCUUCGACCCUGCUAGGGGUCAGGCGGUGCAGGUGCGAGCCCCGGGCGGACCGAGGCGCAGCCAUCAUGACGCUGCACCGGUGGGCGGGCGCUGGCUUUGUGUGGUGGGCGGCUGGGACGGGUCGCGCCGCCUGGCCACAGUGGCCGCUCUGGACACAGAGCAGGGUGUGUGGGAGGUGUGGAAUGCCGCCCCCGGCAACCGCCCCCCUGCCGGCCUCAGUAGUCACACCUGUACCAGCCUCUCCGACCGAGAGCUGAGGGUGGCAGGCAGGGAGGGAGGGACCCGCACUCAGCGCCGCUAUGGAAGCAUCUACACGCUAAGGCUGGAUCCUGGCGCCCGCACCUAUUGCUAUAAGGAAGAAGGCUGCCACACAGUCUCACGCUCUGGUCACUGUGCUGCCCUCCUGCGAAGUCCUGGGCCCCACCCAGGUCACCAGCUAUUGCUCUUUGGGGGUUGCAACUCAGCUGAACCAGAAGUAGUAGGGCGUUGGAGCCAUGGAAAGAUUAAGGAGGAACCACCCGUUGCACCCUGUUUGAUGGAACAGCUUGCAAGGCUCGUGAGCAGGGGGCAGGGGUCCAGGCAGGGGCCUCGAGGACUACGGCAUCACUCAUGUUCUGUGGUUGGGCCCUUUGCUGUGCUGUUUGGUGGAGAAACUCUGACCAGAGCCAGAGACACCAUCUGCAAUGACCUCUACAUCUAUGAUACCCGCACGUCUCCUUCUCUAUGGUUCCACUUCCCCUGUGCAGACCAUGGGCUAAAACGCGUGGGCCAUCGGACCUGCCUUUGGAACGAUCAGCUCUACCUGGUUGGGGGUUUUGGUGAGGAUGGCCAGACAGCUAGUGCACAGGUUUGCAUUCUGGACCUUUUUGUCUAAAGAAUAGUACCAAGACACACUGCCAACCCUCUGUUUUGUUGCAAACUCAUAAAGCAUUAUCACCAGAGCUAUCUGCCUCAUUCGAAAUGCUUAUUAAAUUUCAACCUGAGAGUCAA